AUGGGUGCAACUCAAUACUAUCGCUCUCAGAUAGGCGAGGAGUCUGUGAUCGAUUACUCCCACACAGACCCUCCCUUCAAACUUGUCGCCAAAGAUAUCUACUACUUCUUCAUCUACGUAUGGGCUCUUCCUUGGGUGGUAUGGCCUGUAUAUCCUUGUAAGUCCAAGGAAUUUGAUGAGCUGUACCCUUCGUCCCAAAACAUUUUUUGCAUCGUCGUGCACGUUAUUCUCAUCAUCCUGCAACUUGUCUUCGUUCUUGCUUUACCCUUCGCUGUCAUAUUGCCAGUAUGGAUGGCUGCAGCGGGUAUUGCUGGCUUCAUGGUAUUGAACUGGCUGCUCUGUAAGUUCCUCAACGGAAAGAAAGAAACCUACAAAUCGGAUGAGAAGUAUGCCAAGGAACUGCCUGAGCACGCUCAUGAGCAGUGGGUUUUCUUGAACGGCGUUGCUGUUGGAGAACAUUGGAUGCAAUCGAAUCUAAACCGGUUGGCAUUGACUUUUGGACGACCUGUCCUCGGUAUUCACAACCGAACAUCUGGAAUAAUAUUCGAUGUCGUGGAAUGUCUCAUCCAGAGGAACUUUGGCUACGCAACUGGAGAUGUCAGGACUUGCUUCAGACUACUCAAAGACAUCCUAUACGACGAGAGUAAAUCCAAAGUGGUCUUCAUCCUACACUCCCAAGGAGGAAUCGAGGGCGGACUUGUUCUCGACUGGCUACUCCAAGAAUUGCCACAGGAUCUCAUGUCCAAACUAGAGGUCUACACUUUUGGCAAUGCGGCCAAUCACUUCAACAACCCUCACCGUCACAGAUCUUCACAGACUCUAUCUCGCCUCAACCCCCUUUCUGCCAUGAGUACAUUCUUGACUGAAUCCAGCUUCGAUUCUCCCUCUAGCAGCCCUGUGGAAACAAAGUUCGACUCGAACACCAAAAUCCGCAACCCUGUCAAGAAGGAAUCUUCUAGUGUGUCGACGCGAUCAAUCUCUGCAGCAAAGGACAGGUGUAUUAAGCAUGUUGAGCACUAUGCAAACGGCACAGAUUUCGUUGCCAUUUGGGGCAUCCUCCACUUCGCCACAAACAGAAUGGAAUCGAGAGAGCUCCCACGCUUCCAGGGAAGAUUAUUUGCGCGAGCGGAUGGUCGUCACGGAGGACAUCAGAUGAACCAGCACUAUUUAAACGCCAUGUUUCCACUCAAGCAAAACACCGAAACUGGGGAGUAUACUGGCGCCGAUGAAGACAACGAGUUCAUGGAAGAGGAAUUUAAAGUUGGUGAGGAAGGCAGCGCUUCAGCCAACGCCAGGGAGGCAUUUGAGAUAUCAUGGGCUGGAACACAGGGAUUCGGGACUGGCGACGCCUCAACUCCGAUCGAAAUCCAUGGAGUCUCCGAGAAACUCAAGAAAGCGACAGAGAACCAUGGGAUCAGAGUGAAGGACGUGAGUCGUCUAUGGAGUUACAGAAAUGGUCAAAGUCCUGCGGAAUUGCCCCCAAUGCUGAUUGUCGAGAACGGUGUCGCUAGGACUGCUACUUUGUAG